AAACACAAACUGCAACCGCACCAAACAAAAUUUGCAUUUUUGUGGGUGUGGCGUGGUGCUAGCGGUUUGUGUCACUGUGACAAACAGUGAGCGAGUGCAGUGGACUGUGGUGAAGUUUAUUUUCAAAUUAGACUAUCGGCCUCCACUGCUAGAGAGGUAUCUGUAUUCUGUACCUAAACCUCCAUUUCCAUGGAAAAACAACAUACCUAAACCCUCAACGCAACGGCCACAAACGCAGCUCGAAACAGAUGCUGUCCUUCAUCAGAUUGAGCAGAUCCUCUCUGCCACGCACAGUCACAGCCGCCGCUGGUUUCUUCUUCCGCCAUCGUCCUAUACCCCACACUCUCAUCACCGCCACUACAAGUGCACUCCGAAUACAACAACCUUUUUCCCACAUCCUCCGCCACAAUUGCGACGGUCCGACAUUCGAUGGCAAUGGCGAUGGCGGAGGAGAGUACGAUAACAUCAGGGCUGAAGUGAACUGCCCUCGUUGCUCCAAGAAAAUGACGGUUCUCUUCUCGAACCGCCCACUCUCGAUUACGGGUCGAGAGAUGGGAGUUUUCCAGGCGGUUAAUCUCUGCCCCAAUUGCAAGACUGCCUUCUAUUUCAGACCCUUAAAGCUUGAGCCUUUACAGGGAAGCUUUAUCGAGAUUGGUAGAGUUAAGGGCGCAAAUGCCGUCUCGGUCUCGGCUUCAGCUUCUGACAGGGAUUCGGAUAACGACGGGGAUAGGUUUCGGAGAGGUGUCUGUGCUACUGAAACGGCGUCGUGUGAGGAGGAGGAUGACAACGGGCGUGGGUUAGGAAAAGAUUUGAGUUUGCCCACGCCUAAAGAGAUUUGCAAGGCCCUUGAUGAAUUUGUUAUUGGCCAAGAGAAAGCCAAAAAGGUGCUUUCUGUGGCUGUUUACAAUCAUUACAAGAGAUUACAUCAUACCUCUGAGCUGAAAAGGUCAAAGAUACAAUCUGGUAAGUGUGAAGGUGAAAAUGAUGACAAUGAUUCUGUGGAAUUGGAGAAGAGCAACAUAUUAUUGAUGGGUCCCACUGGUUCAGGGAAGACCUUACUUGCAAAAACUCUAGCUCGCGUUGUGAAUGUUCCUUUUGCUAUCGCUGAUUCAACAACAUUAACUCAGGCUGGUUAUGUUGGGGAAGAUGUUGAAUCGAUAUUGUAUAAGCUACUCGUGGAAGCUGAAUUCAAUGUGGAAGCAGCCGAGAAAGGAAUUGUGUACAUUGAUGAAGUUGAUAAGAUAACUAAAAAGGUCGAGAGCUUAAACAUUGGCAGGGAUGUAUCCGGAGAGGGUGUUCAGCAGGCAUUGCUUAAAAUGUUGGAAGGAACCGUUGUGAGUGUUCCUGAUAAAGGAUCUCGAAAGCAUCUUCGUGGUGAUACUAUUCAGAUUGAUACCAAGAAUAUCCUUUUCAUAUGUGGUGGAGCAUUUGUCAAUUUGGAGAAGACUAUUUCAGAAAGAAGGCAAGAUUCUUCCAUUGGCUUUGGAGUUCCUGUCCGGACAAACAUGCAGAAUAGUACAAUGACUGAUUCUUUUGUGACAUCAUCAUUGCUGGAAUCUGUAGAAAGUGGGGAUCUUAUUGCAUAUGGCUUGAUACCUGAAUUUAUUGGACGACUUCCAAUAUUAGUGUGCUUGUCAGCAUUAAACGAGGAUCAGCUUGUGCAGAUCCUGACAGAACCAAAAAAUGCCCUUGGCAAACAGUACAAGAAGAUGUUCAGCAUGAACAGGGUGAAGCUGCAUUUUACUGAGUGUGCUUUGAGAUUGAUUGCAAAGAAAGCAAUGGCAAAGAACACCGGUGCUCGAGGUUUAAGAUCCAUACUAGAAAAUAUUCUUAUGGAGGCAAUGUUUGAGGUUCCAGACACUGAGAAAGACAUUGAUGUUGUCGAUACUGUUUUGGUUGAUGAAGAAGCAGUUGGAUCAGUUCAUUCUCCAUGCAAAGGGGCAAAACUUAUCCGCCGCCACAGUGCAUUUGAGCAAAAUCUUCAGAAAACAAAGUCAAAAGAACCAACGGUAUGCAUUAAAUAUUUUUCUAUUUUCAGAGUAAUCACUUUCAAAACAAAAAUGUCAAUUUAUUUAUUUUAUAUUCUGUUAUUUGCAUUUAUUUAUUAUUUUAUAAUCUGUUAUUUGGUUUUGUUUUGAUAUUAAAUUUAAAAGGUUGUGGAGAUGAAUUUCAGGUAGAAGGGUGUGUAGGUGAGGGUGAGCAACUACAAGGAGAAUCAGAGAUUGAGUCAAGAGCUGUGAGCUUGUAAUUUGUUAGUUGAAUAGCUUUUGUAUAAAAUUAUGCCAGAGUAGAGACAUUGUCAAACUGUAAAGUUAUCGUCUUUAUAAAGUAUAUGGGAAAUUUGUGGUGGAAAUAUGGUAGAAAGUAAUUUGGAAUGUUGAAAAUAAUAUUAUAUGCUUCUUGCAAAAUCCUAUAAAGCACGCUUUCAUUUUAUUUA